GGAGCUCAGUAGAUUCGAUUCUCCAUCACUGUUUUUCUCCCCAGUUUCUCCGUAAAACGAUGGGGAAUUUCUCUCGCCAGAUGAGGAUCUCGUCGGCGCUGCUGAAGCGGUUUCAGUCGCGGGGGAGGGCGGUUUCUGCCGCGAAUGUGGACGGUUCGAGGUGUUUCACCACGACGGAGGGGCACCGUCCGACCAUCGUUCAUAAGCGCAGCCUGGAUAUACUCCACGAUCCGUGGUUCAACAAGGGAACUGCAUUUUCUAUGACAGAACGUGAUCGUCUCGACCUUCGAGGAUUACUGCCUCCAAAUGUCAUGACUCCUGAACAACAAAUAAUGCGAUUUAUGUCUGAUUUGAAGAGGCUUGAACUAAGUGCUAGAGAUGGACCAUCUGAUCCAUACAAUUUGGCUAAAUGGCGCAUUCUUAACCGCUUGCAUGAUAGAAAUGAGACGAUGUAUUAUAAGGUUCUUAUUGACAAUAUUGAGGAGUAUGCACCUAUAGUAUAUACACCUACUGUUGGUCUUGUAUGCCAGAAGUAUAGCGGUUUAUUCAGACGACCUCGGGGGAUGUAUUUUAGUGCAGCAGAUCGUGGAGAAAUGAUGUCAAUGGUUUACAACUGGCCAUCUGAUCAGGUUGAUAUGAUUGUUGUUACGGACGGAAGCAGGAUUCUUGGUCUUGGAGAUCUUGGGGUUCAGGGAAUUGGAAUUGCAAUUGGAAAAUUAGAUCUUUAUGUUGCCGCUGCAGGAUUAAAUCCACAGAGAGUUCUACCUGUUAUGAUUGAUGUCGGAACCAACAAUGAGGAGCUUUUGAAGGACCCCAUGUACUUGGGGUUGCAAGAGCAUCGGCUUGAUGGGGAUGAGUAUGUUUCGGUUAUUGAUGAAUUCAUGGAAGCUGUCUUUACUCGUUGGCCCCAUGUGAUUGUUCAGUUUGAAGAUUUUCAGAGUAAGUGGGCCUUGAACUUGUUGCAGCGAUAUAGGAAAGAAUACAGAAUGUUCAAUGAUGAUGUUCAGGGAACGGCAGGGGUUGCACUUGCUGGUCUAUUAGGAGCUGUGAGAGCUCAAGGAAGACCAAUGAUUGAUUUUCCAAAAAUGAAGAUUGUUGUUGCUGGUGCUGGGAGUGCUGGAAUAGGUGUUCUCAAUGCUGCAAGGAAGACAAUGGCAAGGAUGCUAGGAGACACUGAAAUUGCUUUUGAAAGCGCUAGAAGUCAAUUUUGGGUUGUUGAUGCUAAUGGACUUGUUACAGAGGCACGUGAAAACAUUGAUCCAGAUGCUCGCCCAUUUGCAAGGAAAGUUAAAGAAAUUGAACGUCAAGGGUUGGCAGAAGGGGCAAAUCUUGCUGAAGUGGUACACAAAGUUAAACCAGAUGUGCUUCUUGGGCUGUCAGCUGUAGGAGGUCUAUUUUCUAAAGAGGUGCUAGAAGCUCUUAAAGAAACAACUUCAACCAGACCAGCAAUUUUCCCAAUGUCUAACCCAACAAGAAAUGCUGAAUGCACCCCGGAAGAUGCAUUUUCCAUUGUUGGCGAUAACAUCAUAUUUGCUAGUGGAAGCCCUUUUAAAGACGUCAAACUCGGAAAUGGUCAUGUUGGUCACUGCAACCAAGCAAAUAACAUGUUCCUUUUCCCCGGCAUUGGACUUGGUACACUUUUGUCUGGAUCUAAGAUAGUUUCAGAUGGAAUGCUACAGGCCGCCGCGGAAUGCCUGGCUGGAUAUAUGACGGAGGAAGAGGUACUCCAAGGGAUCAUUUACCCAUCAAUAUCCAGAAUUCGUGAUAUAACAAAGGAAAUAGCAACAGCAGUCAUUAUGGAAGCCAUAGAGGAGGAUCUGGUGGAAGGAUACCGCGAGAUGGAUGCCCGGGUAUUGCAGAAACUUAGUCAGGAUGAAAUAAGGUGUUAUGUGCAAAACAAUAUGUGGAGUCCUGGAUACCCAACAUUGGUGUACAAGCAGGAUUAAGGUCUGACUCUGACCCCCAUCCACACACACACACACACACAUAUAUGCUUCAUUUAUGAAUACUAGUCUCACGAUUCAAUUAAGAAAUUUAUGUUUUUUGUAUCUUUUGUGUAUUUUAGUAUUUAUUGAUCUUCAUACACCACACCACACUGCUUUCUGUGAACAAUCUGAUGAAGGAGAGAAUUCCUUCAGUAUUCUGAAAUGGCAUUUCCUGCAUUUGUGUAAGGAUUAAAAUUAGAUUUCA